UGGGCUUCUUGUCUCAGACCAAGCCCAUGGAUCAGAAGUUCAGUUUAUCCUCUCAAUAUUCUGUUGUUGUUGCUGGAACCGUGCGCUUUCUAUUAUUCAAUUUCACCGGCUUUUUUUGGGCGACUCACAUUUGAUCCCUCCCCCCAUGUGUGACAGAAGCUCAGCAUGUCAGCUGUUGGUGGGCAGUUCACAGAAAUCCAGGAGCUACCAACAGUCUGCUAAUAGGUUUAGCAUCUUGCCUUCAGGUAUUUUUGAUCUGGUCUCUAAAUAAAGCUGAUCGGCUUAGGCCUUUAAAAGAGCCGACAUUCUGUCGAAAACUCAUCUGGUUCAUUAUUGCUCCUUCUCUGAAUCGCUCCUGCGAUAUUUUUGGACUCUUUGGAGUUUUUAUUAGACCAGAUAAGCUUCAGUUUUUAGCAACUGGGUAAGUGUCACACCGCAGCUCCAGCUCAGAUGUUGUGAGUCAGUGCAGGGAGUCGGCUGGACACACUGUGGAUGUAGCUUGACUGACAACAAGUCGCAGCGAUGGGGGUUCCUAACUCCAGGGAGUACCACUACUACCAUGCCCCAGAUGCACCGCUUAAGAUUGUGUGGAAAAGACGUAAUGAGCCUCUGAAGAAGGAGCGACCCAAGUGGAAGAGCGAGUACCCCAUAACAGAGGGCCAGCUGAGGAGCAAGAGGGACGAGUUCUGGGAUACGGCCCCGGCCUUCGACGGUCGCAAAGAGAUCUGGGAUGCACUGAGGGCAGCGGCGCUGGCCGCCGAGUGCAACGACCUGGAGCUGGCCCAGGCCAUCGUGGACGGAGCCUGCAUCACUCUUCCACACGGUUCUCUGACUGAGAGUUACGACGAACUGGGGAACCACUACCAACUGCCAGUUUACACGCUGGCGCCACCCUUGAAUCUCAUCACCGAGACCAGUGAAAACAAAGUGUCUGAUUCAACUCAGAAACAAGUCCAAGCUCCUCCCUGCAGGCAGGAGUUCCAGCUGCGGGUUCGACUAUCAUCAGGUAAGGACGUGCGCCUGACCGCCAGCAUGGCCGACUCCAUUGCCGAGCUGAAAAAGCAGCUUGAAGAAGUGGAGGACAUCGAUGUCUCCCGGCAGAGGUGGUUCUUCUCCGGCAAACUCCUGACCGACAAGACUCGUCUGCAAGACACUAAAAUCCAAAAAGACUUUGUGGUGCAGGUCAUCGUCAACAUGAACCCGGCGGUUAUCCCCAUGUGAAGUCAGAGUUGUGGAACUAUGUUUGAAAUGAUGAGGGACGAAGAGAUGCAAUGGUUCAGCAGCAGGGCGGUUUUGUGUAUAUUUUCUAUAAAAGAUAUUGCUUUUAUAUUUCUCCUUUUUGUAUUUUUUCCUUUUUAUCCAGAUAAAUUGACAAUAUCAAUGCACUGAAACACUUUAGAAGAGUAGAAUCUCAAGCGACACCCCCUCCCUUCUUCCUCCGUGUGUGGACAGCACUGUUGAUCUGUGAGCUCCAGCCUCAAACUUUCACCAUCACUCCCGUGUUUGUUUGCUCUGAAGGAACAUCUUUUUUCUUCUUUUCUAUUGAUGGAACACUCUGGGCAAAAUGUGUAAAUAUAAUUUCUCUCACAUAACUUUGUGCACACUGCAGAUCCACGAAUAGUCAAAGGAACAUGGGGGGUGACAGAGGGUACUGUAAUGCAAAGCAAAGAAGAUGAUUUAUCUUGUUUUGAAAUGGUGUCACUCCACAGUUAAAUGUAUUUAUGUGCAAUGAUGUGCACUUACUCGUCAUUGUACGUGAACUUCAAUCAAUAAAUAAUAAU